AUAUGUCAAAUCUGAAAGAAGUACAAGCUCGACCAUCAAUGGAUAACAACAAUACCGUUCUUCACAUAACUAUGCUUCCAUGGCUAGCCAUGGGUCACCUCAUCCCUUUUCUAGAGCUUUCAAAGUGCUUAGCUCUCAAAGGCCACCGAAUCACCCUCAUCUCCACCCCAAGAAACAUAAAAAGACUCUCCAACUUAUCCCCAAAUCUAUCUCCUCUCAUAACCCUAAUCGAGCUUCCACUGCCACACGUCCAUGGCCUCCCUGAGAACGCAGAGUCUUCCAUGGACAUCCACACCAAUAAAUCCCAACAUCUAAAGAUGGCUUUCGAUGGGCUUGAAGCCCCAAUCGCUGCUUUCCUUGAAAGAUCAACCCCAGAUUGGAUCAUCUACGACUACGCCUCUCACUGGCUACCCACAAUCGCAACGAGGCUUGGCGUGCCAUGUGCCUUCUUCGGCCUCUUCACCGCCGCUUUUCUUGCCUUCAUCGGUCCACCAUCGGUGGUGCUGAGCAACGAAGCUACAUGGUCAACGGCCGAGGACUUCACUGUCGCUCCUUCUUGGGUACCUUUCCCUUCCAAUAUAGUUUUUCGGCUUCAUGAGGUGAAACACGCACUGCCUGAAAACAUUUCGGGCUUUUCGGAUUCGUACCGUUUCGGUAUUGCACUGAGAGAUUGCGAGAUAGUUCUUGUGCGAAGCCGGGUUGAAUUCGAGCCCGAGUGGUUUAAACUUCUAACCGAGUUUUGGCAAAAACCGGUUAUUCCCGUUGGUUUUCUUCCUCCCUCUGUAGAAGACGGAGCAGACGAAAAGGAUUGGGCUGAGGUAAAUGCAUGGCUAGACAAGCAUAGAACCAAGUCUGUGGUUUAUGUUGCACUAGGAACCGAGGCAAAGCUGAGUCAAGACCAGGUGAACGAGUUGGCUCUUGGGUUGGAGUUAUCCGGGUUGCCCUUCUUUUGGGUUCUUCGAGAACUGCCCGGUUCAACCAAGGACGGGAACGAUAUGGGUAUGCUUCCAGAUGGGUUCGAGGACCGGACUCGGGAUCGUGGGUUGGUUUUUAAAGGCUGGGCUCCUCAGGUUAGGAUAUUGGGUCACUCGGCUAUAGGAGGGAUCUUGACUCAUUGUGGUUGGAACUCGGUCAUUGAGGCUCUGAGUUUGGGGCGAGCUCUGAUUCUACUGCCGGUGAUGCAUGAUCAAGGGUUGAAUGCUAGGCUUUUGGAGGAGAAGAAGAUUGGGUUGGAGAUACCAAGAGAUGAGCGAGAUGGAUCGUUCACGAGGGACUCGGUAGCUGACACGGUGAGAUUGGUGAUGGUGGAGAAAGAGGGAGAACCAUUGAGGAGCAAAGCGAAGGAGGCAAGGGUGGUGCUUGGGAACAGGGAUGAGAAUGAACAUUGUUUCGAUGGCUUUGUUAGAUUCUUAAUGGAGCAUAAACGACAACAAGGUUAGCUACAUUACUGUGGACUUGAUU